GAGGACCGUUCCGGUUCUGUUUCCAGGGUCGUACAGUUGGAGGGUGAAAAGCGCCAAAUCCAAAAUAUACUUCAGUAAUAACAACAACAAUGGGCCUUGUCCUAGUGAAGGAAAUGCUAGCCUCCCAGUAAGAAUAGUUAACCGCUUUAUUAACGUUAACGUGUCAGUUUGUUCCCCGAUAAAAGACUCGUUUAUUAACAACAUGGAGGAGCUGUUUUGCAAAGAGCUGCAGGUGAACGUGAGGUGCAGAGACUGCGAAGACAGGAAAGCAAAUAUCCGAGUCACCAUUGAGCUUCAGUUGACAAACAGUCCUGUGCACAAAAGGGAUCUUCUUGUACGACUAACAGAUGAUUUGGAUCCGUAUUUUCUUUUUAACCUCUCCAUAUCAGAAGAAGAUUUUCAAAGUUUGAAAGUCCAGCAGGGUCUACUGAUAGACUUUACGUCAUUUCCUCAGAAGUUUAUUGACCUGCUUAAUCUUUGCUAUUCUGAGCAAGCGUCCGAAAAUCCAAGGUUUCUUCUUCACUUGUCCACUCAGUCCCCAGUGCUUGAAGGCCCUGCCUCCUUCAGUGUUGUGGAGACGAAUGCCUUCAAACACCUGAACCACCUGUCCCUGCGGCUCGUUCAAGGCUCUGACAAAGAGAUCAAAGACUACCUGGCAGUGUGCCUCUCCUCCCUCAAGGCAGAGAAGCAGGCUGUGGAGAUGAAGCUGAAGAAGACUGAAGAUGAUCUGACCAGGCAGCUGAACUAUGCUCAACAGACUCUGUCAGAGAAAACAAAAGAGUUGGACAAAAUGCGCUCAGAGUGGACGAGUCAGAGCAGCUGUCUGUCCAGCCGUCAUUCUCUGGAGUUACAGUCGGAGAGAGAGAAGGCUGCAGAGUUGCAGAGCCGGCUGCAGCAGCAGACGGAGCAGAUCCGCCAGGAGCUGGAGAGCUCUCAUAAGACAAGCAGCCAGCAGCUCAACAGCAGACUCACAGAGCUGGAGGCCUCCUGCAGAGAGCUCACAGAGAGGAAGUACAAGAACGAGUCUGUCAUCAGAGACCUGAAGGUCAAACUAGUGGGUGCAGAAGAGGAGUGCCAGCGGUCCAAGCAGCAGGUCCUGUCUCUCAGGAGGGAGAACGGCACCCUGGACACAGAGGUCCACGACAAGGAGCGUGUGGUGAGCCAGCUGCAGAUGAGGGUGGCCGUUCUGGAGCAGGAGAUCAAAGAUAAGGAGCAGCUCAUGCGACGCACUAAAGAGGUGCUGGAAGCCACGCAGCAGCAGAAGGAAUCAAUUGAAGAAAAUGCUGAAAGUAAAGAACUUCACAAUAGGAAACUCGAGGCCACAGUGAAAUCUCUUUCUGAGGAGCUGAUAAAAGCUAAUGGCAUCAUUAAGAAGCUGCAGGGCGAGGUUCGAGGCCUGGUUGGAAAAAUUAAAGUAAAAAACACUGUGACCGUGUCACAGGAGAAGGUCCUCCAGGACACAUCAGAAAAACUCCAGAGUGUUGAAAAGGAUCUGCAGAGCACUCAGCAGCAGCUCAGCAGCAAGGAGGAGCAGGUUUCAAAACUGAAGGAGCAGCUGGAGACGACAGUACAGAAGCUCAAUGAAAGCAGAGAGGUGUUGAAAACCAAUGAGAAUGUUAUAAACUGGCUCAACAAGCAGCUAAAUGAAAAGCAGCUCUCCAGAAAGCCCCAGUCUCCUGAGUGUAUGGACACCCCUUCACUUCUAUCCACAGCACCAGCCCCGAGGGCACAGUUUUACCCUCAGACUGGCAGAGCUGCUGCUGAUGUCAUGCCUGCUGAGCAGCGAUCAGUGCAGGCAGCCAUCAGACACACUGGAGACUCGGACGGUCUGGACUCAAAGUACUUUGAGAAGAGAGAUGAUAGCAUACCAAUAUAUGGUCUGUCGUCAAAUCUUCUUCACAAAGACUUCCCUCAGCGAACAAAGCCCUCCAUAGCUUCUGCUUACUUCUCUGCAUUAAGCAUAAGCAGAUAAAGUUUCUUCUCAACUGGAGGUGGAUGUAAACGCAGCAAAAGCUCUCUACCCCGCUCCUGUUGGUGACCUGCUGUUGUUUUUAAGUAGCUUAUGUUGCUAUAUUAAUCCAUCCAUCAUCUUCUUCUAAUAGUUCAUGUUAAAACUGUCUGAAUGGUGGAUCCAGUGAUCAUGGAGAAUGUAUUAAAGUCAUUAAAUUAAAUAUUAAAAUUGUCCUGUUACAGUUUAUUAGGUUUUCAAGUCUUUAAGUGUUUGUGUUGUUCUUUAUUUUCUGUAAUAAACCGUUUUUUCGUCCUUA